UCGUUUGGGAGAAGCCUCGAAGCCCAAAUCCCGCAAUGCAGCCUCUCCCCUUCUUCAACCUCAGCCCACCUCCGCCGCUCGCGGCGCCUCGCCGCCACUCCCGGAGCGAGCUCGCGGCCGACGGGGCGUCGCCGCCGCCGCCGCCGGACCAACCGAGGCCGGAGACGGUGGACGGUCGCCGAGGAAGAAGACCGAGCGGAGGACGGCCCCAGCGAACGCGGUUCGAGCGCCGGCGGGGGAGCGUCUCGACCCGUCCGACAUCGGGCGGCGUCGGCGGCGGCUCCGGCGACGAAAGCGACGGCGACGGCGCUCCUCCUUGGCGGCUUUCCUUCGUUCAGAACCGCGCGUUCGAGGAGUACUACAGAGAGCAAGGGAUAGUUCCGGCAGAGGAGUGGGAUGCGUUCAUGGAGUAUCUCCGGAAGCCGUUGCCGGCUACCUUUAGAAUCAAUUCUUGUAGCCGGUUCUGUUUCGAUAUCCGGUCUCAGUUGGAGAGUGAAUUCUCGAAUAAUCUUCAAAGCAGAGUUCAUUGAUGGAAAUGAAGUGGAGGCUGUCAAACCAUUGCCUUGGUAUCCUGACAAUCUGGCAUGGCAAUCAAAUUUUUGUCGGAAGCAAUUGAGGAAGAACCCAAAUCUCGAAAGGUUUCAUGAGUUCUUAAAGCUAGAAAACGAAAUUGGAAACAUCACUCGACAGGAGGCAGUCAGCAUGGUACCUCCUCUUUUGCUGGAUAUAUUGCCAGAGCAUUUCGUACUUGACAUGUGUGCUGCACCUGGCUCAAAAACUUACCAAAUGCUUGAAAUUUUGAAUCAGUCCACCAACUCAAGAUUACUACCUGAGGGGCUGAUCGUGGCAAAUGAUGUUGGUUUCAAAAGAUCUGAUGUUCUCAUUCACAAAAUGAAAAGAAUGUGCACUGCCAACUUAAUGGUGACAAACCAUGAAGCUCAAAAUUUCCCAGGCUGCCUUGCAAGCAUAAGUCAUUCUAAUGCUUCUGAAAAGGCAAGCCUAUCAGAUCAGGAAAUCAGUCAAAUUUUAUUUGAUCGUGUUCUAUGUGAUGUGCCAUGCAGUGGAGAUGGUACUCUUAGGAAAGCUCCAAAUUUAUGGUGGAGAUGGAAGGCAGGAAUUGCUAAUGGACUUCAUGGCCUACAGGUGCAGAUAGCUAUGCGAGGAAUAUCGUUACUUAAAGUCGGUGGCCGUAUGGUCUACUCAACCUGCUCCAUGAAUCCGGUUGAGAAUGAGGCAGUGGUUGCAGAGAUCCUAAGAAGGUGUGGAGACUCAGUUGAACUUGUUGAUGUUUCCAGUGAGCUCCCCCAGCUUGUUCGCCGCCCUGGCCUUCGAAAAUGGAAGGUACGUGACAAGUUCUCUUGGUUUUAUUCCUUCCCAGAUGUUCCUGAAACUCGCAGGGGUGGAGUUGCUUCCAGUAUGUUUCCUUCUGGUAGAACACAAAUGGAAGAGGCAAUUGAACGAGAGUUUAACAACAUCAAAAUUUCUAAAAAUGGGUUUCGGCAGCUGGAGAAUUACCUCACCACUGAUACUGAAAUUUCUGAUUUUCCUUUAGAACGCUGUAUGAGAAUAAUGCCUCAUGAUCAGAAUGGUGGUGCCUUCUUCAUUGCUGUCUUCCAAAAACUUGCUGCCUCACCAGCUAUGCAUGUAGAAGCAACAAGUUCACAGGGAACACUAUUCACUGAAAGCACUGAGCAGCUAAAAAAAUUUCCAGAUCAGGUCCUUCGAGAGAGCUUGCAGCUUGAAAUAUUUCCAAAAUCAGUUUUGGAGACUGAUUUCACUGAUUGCCCUGAUAAGUCUGCUCUCAAGUCUGGCCAUUGCCAUACUUGCACAGAGCAGAACCCUCUGAAGAUCAAGGGUCCUUGUGACCAAGAAAAAGCAGAAGAUAAAGGAAUGUUCCAGAAUAAAAGCAAGUGGAAUGGAGUCGAUCCGGUUGUUUUCUUGAAAGAUGAAGCCGUUAUCAACAGUAUCAGGACAUUUUAUGGCAUUGAUGAAUCAUUCCCAUUGAGUGGCCACCUUGUGACAAGAAAUGCUGAGUCUGACCUUGUGAAGAGAAUUUACUAUGUUUCUAAGUCAGUCAAGGAUCUUCUGGAAUUAAACUUUCAAGUCGGGCAGCAACUCAAGAUAACCUAUGUAGGCCAGAAAAUGUUUGAGAGAAAGAAGUCAAAAGAAGAUCCUUCUGCUGCAUGCGUAUUCCGGAUAUCUUCUGAAGGAUUGCCUAUUAUUCUCCCACACAUCACUAAACAAAUUCUUCAUGCUUCGCCCACAGACUUCAGGCAUCUUUUGCUCUAUAAGAGCAGAAAAUGCAAUUUUGUCAAUGUUGAGUUUGGGGAGAAGGCAUCAAAGCUAAAGCCGGGUUGCUGCGUGAUCAUCCUGAGCAAAGAUGGUGAAUCGCCAUUCAGUGACAAUCGGGUGGAUGAAUCGACAGUAGCAAUUUCAUGCUGGAAGGGUAAGGUCUGUUUGAAUGUGAUGGCCAGUGAUGAUGACUGCCAGGAACUUCUACAAAGGCUUCGACUGUGUGAAGGGACUGGAAAAGAAUCUCCUCUACAUGUUAACAAGCCUUCUGAAAAUUCAGAUGGAGAAAUGUAAGAAAGAUCCAAAGAUGAUCGAAGAUAUUGGAUAUGCCAGAAUCAGAACUGUCUGCCGAGUAACUUGAACUCAUGGACCGUCUACUCUGGUUCUGCUCAUUUUUGUCCUGCCUAUCAAUCACACAAGGUCAGUUCUGGUGAGAUAUAUCAUUAUCAUUUUACUUCUCUAGCCACCAGGCCCAUGAUUUUUUUGAGUUGGAUAUGAUUUAUUGAUAAUUUGACUCCCUAUAAAGGAUACAUCAUAACUAAUCUCGUCUUUAUUUAAAAGUUACGUCUCGUCAGUUGGCCUGUCAUGUCUGUUCUGUUUUUUUCUGAUGCCUCCGCACUCUGCUUCUGAGGCAAUAGCAAGAAAUGUCCUUUUAACCC